ACUCUGGCACGCUUCCUUUGGUACAGUAUGGCUCGCAUGAUUCCGGUUGUAUUUCGCGUUUCCACGUUUGUGCGGCAGAUUUUUCGUUUAUCCAUAGGUCCCGCGUUUGAUAAAUAAUCACCGAGAGCCAUGGAUGAAGAAUGGGAUGUAGAAAAUGCCGAUGCGAAAUUCGAUCUCGCGAUGCGGUCGAACAAAUGGGAGGGCGAGGACGAAGAAGAGGAAGUUAAGGACAGUUGGGAAGAUGUAGAAGAGGAAAAAAAGGAUGUAGAGAAACCAGCAGAAGCACCAAAAGCAAAGCCAAAACCUAAAAAAGCACUGGCUGAAAGAAUCGAGGAACGUGAAAAAAAGGCAAGGGAGGAGGCUGAAAGAAAAGCAAAAGAAAAGGAGGAAGCACUAGCACCAGAAGAAAGGCGAGCUGAAUUAUUAAGGCGCCAGAGGUUGCAAGAGGAGGCGGAUUUACGGCUGGCAAUGGAGACUUUUGGUGAUACAGGUGUAACAGGUGUAACAGAAGUACAGAGUGAAUCGCUCGAUGCCAUGGUGCCCGAUACAAAGGAGGAGUUUGAGCAAUUUGGUACAGCACUUUUACAAAAAAUUAAUCAAUUUAAUAAACAUGCGGAGUACCCAACACUUGCGGAAGAGCUUAUAAAAUCCAUCGCUCUUAAUCUAUCAUCAAAUCACUUGAAAAAAGUGAAAACUAUAGUCGACAACUUGCUUAUUGAGAAGCAAAAGAUAGAAAAAGGCGAGAAAGCGAAAAAGAGCAAGGGUAAAGGAAAGGCCAAGCUCAAAAUCGAGGGUGAUAACACCUUAUUGAGUGAAUACGGUGAUUAUGUAUAUGACGAAUAUGAUGAUUUUAUGUAGCGACUUUUCACACAUUCAUACAUUCUAGUCGCCUAAAUACACGCAGAACGUUAAUUUGCAGAUUUAUACAGAGAUUUUAUAUUUGUAUUUUCUGCAUAUUGAAUCGUAACCAAAAUGUACAAUGAUUUAAUCUAUAAUCCAUGGUAUUGUUCAUACACGUAAAAACAGAAUGAAGAAAUAGAAAAGUGAAAGCUAGCAUCAUAAUAUUAUCAGGGCGAGAAUGCUUACAAACAAGCACUUUUCAAUAACUAUUGUGGCAAUAUAGUACUCACACAAUUAUCCAGAACGCUUGUUCUGAGUGUACAUGACUUACAUUGUUGAGUUUUAUCGGAUUUUUAUCCGCGCGUCUACCGUUAUUCAAUUUUUCAGUUAAUAAUUAACAUCAGUACAGAUUCCAACUUAAAAACGUCGCGAAAAACUAUCGUAUGAUAUUCGUACGAUCCUAGUUCAUCAAUUGUGCAUCUAUCGAGGAGGAUAGAGGAGGGUGAAACUACAUUAAUACAUUUUUUGGGUUGUAAUCGUAUCCUCAACUGUUAAAAGAAAAAACUUUCCAGUCUUUAUAUAUAGCUGCAUUAAUUAUGCAGAUCCUGUAAUUGAAUCCUGUAAUUACAUUAUGGAAGUUUUAUAUAACACAGCUUAUAUAUACAUAUGCAUACACACAUACCUUUAUUGAAGAUCGAUUACAAGUUGGUUUUGAAAAGAGUAUAUUCCUAAAUAAAGGUUGAUUAUAAAUUA